AUGCCUAAUGCAAUAGAAAUCUUAUAUAAUAUAAGUUCUCCCCAACUACUUGUCCCGGCUCUAGCACUGCACACGAGGGUACAGAAAGCCGCGUCCAACUCUGCGGACAUAUUUUUCGAUGCCCUUGAGUACCACUCGGAUACUAUGAUAGAAGCGUCUCCUAUGAAAAAUUCACUGCUCGCCAGGCAAUACCAAAACAUGCAUGACGAUCGUCUGAAGCAAGACGAAGAGUAUGUGUUUCCUGUGGGGGAGAACAACAGGAGAUGGCCUCCUCUGUACAAGAGUCAGGCUGAUGUGUUAUUUGACUUCUUCCUUGGAUUCCUUGAGGGGCCUUUGGCCAGUUGGAAGGAGGAACUUUCCGUCAUUAAGACUACAGAGCUCUAUCAUUUGUCUUCUCUCAUGUUUAAGUUUUACGAUCCUGUGCGUGAAACUUACAUCCCUUCCUACGAAAUGAUUCAAGAGUAG